AUGAAAGUGUGUCAGAUAUUUUUUGCACUAGCGGUACCUCUACCAGACCCGAGUAAAUCCGUAUCAGUGUCGUACUUUUUUGAAGCGACUUACCCUUUGCCGGAAAACUCGACGGUGUUCGCGCCUUGGAGCGAGGGCCUGAGACGCAAGCGAUCAAUAGAUCGUAAAACAAUUUAUCAGACUAUAGAAAAUAAAUUAGAGAGUUUUGGAUUUUCCGGGAGGUCUUGUUUAUUGCGAUCAAUAUGCGAGACUCUUAAAUUCGACUUAAGCGACAAUGGUGUUAUCGGCGACAUCAUUAAUGUCAUAUUAACACCGUCGACUUCUCAACAGGAGAAUUUGCCGCAGGACAUUGUCGAGGCUGAACUAAUCGGACAAACUAGAAACUGCACAAAAUACCAUUGGAAUUGUCCCGUGGGGCUCUUGGACUUGAUUGGAAUCCUCGUGUAA